AUGGUGCGUCGUGAUAAGACGACCAUUUUCCUUGAUUGCAAGGAAGCCACCACGGUUUACGAGCUGAAGAAAAUGGUGGAGGGAAUUAUGAAGAAAGCUCCUGAUGAUCAAAGGCUUUACAAAGACGAUCAAAUUCUCGAUGAUGCAAAAACGUUGGAGGAUUGUGGCUUUACCACUCAAACAGCAAAAGCUCAAUCUCCUGCUUUGAUCAAAUUGUCUUUCAGGGGAGAAGGUGAGUUUUUCUUAUAGCGUUUAAACAUGUGCUCAAAUCGUAAUUACCUCAAUAUUCACGGACGGUUUGAAUCAUUUAUAUGUAAUUAUUGUGAUCUUGUGUGAUCUUUUCACGCUGUGCCUCGCUUAAUAAUUCAGAGAAUCGUGAGUUAGAAAUUAAGCAAACAUGACCCGUGUACUUUCUUGACGGAAUGUUUGAAAUGUCAAGACAUCGGUACUUAAAUAUUUAAUCUGUUUAAACUACUCGGAUUUCGGCAUGCUACUGUUUGUUUUCCAUACUUGUAAAUUUGUAAAUCACCUAUUGUCUUGAUUUAAACCAACUGUUUCAUUCCUUGAUUUCAAAUUUGUUACUUGAGUAGGUAGAAAUAAUAUACCAUGUGCUUAAAAGAGAGAAAGGGCACUUCAUGACGUGUCUAGUUUCCAAGAAUAAGUGGUGUCACGUCUACAACAUUAAUGAUCUUUUUCUCUUUAUUUUUUCAAUCUGGAUGAACAAAAGUAAUCUUGUACAAAAUAAUUGUCUUCAAGCAUGUACUUUGUAUAUUUUCUCAGUGCCCAAUUUAAAUAUUGAUAAUCUUUUAAAUAUCAAAUCAGUUGAUGACAGGCUGAAAUUAAGUGUUUCUCGGAAAAAUUUUCGAGCAUACUCUUGAAUUAAUUUAGCACUCUGAUAUAAACAAAUAGCAGGAUUGAAUAGAGUUAAAGUUUGAAAUUUUAUGUACAAUAUUUUUUAAUAAUAUUAAGCUAUGAUGUUAUGCAAAUGUCUAGACUUGCUACUUCUUUCUCCUAUAGUUGUUACAUCUCUGGGCAUCAGAUUGUUUUGUUAAGUUUGUCUUAGCAAGUGCUCAGCAAAGUCAGGUUGAAGUAGUUUCCAUCAUAAUUUGGGCUUAUAAUGAGCUCAGUUUCUUGGUUAACCCUUUGAGUGCCUAGACUGACCAACAUCAACAACAUCAACUAACAAUAUUAGUUCAUCAUCAAGAGAAAACCCUAUGAGAAUUAACAAAAUGUUCACCAAUGAGAAAAUGCUUUGAUCUCUGAAUAAAAUUCUCUCAACUAAUUCUCUAAGGAAAUGUACAUAGGCGUACGGGCCGGGGGGGCGAGGGGGGCUGCAGCCCCCCCAAAUUUUGGGCAACUCGUAUUUUUUUGGGCAGCGAGAGAAAAUUUGGGCAAAACCAGUUUUUUAAGACGUUUCUGUGUUUUUUAAAUCAUUAUUUUGAAGAGAUAAAUAUUUUCUAUUUUACCUGAAGUUGGCGUAAUAAUCCAGUACUGUUACAUUCACACGAGACAGUGGUUGCCUAGCACAAAAUGAGUUUCUGGUUAUAAGGGAAGGGUAUCAUGUGCUGAUUUUUUUUAUUGUUGGGCACUGUACUGCAAUGGGCUAUUUCCAGUCAUGAAUUGAUUAGAAUAAACUUCCGCCUAACUUUCUAGAAUCAUCUCCGCUCGCAGAACAGUGUAUGGCAGAUAGCAUCAGCAAUGGGUCUGAAAGUGAAGAAGUGGCUGAAUAAUUCUCAGUUUGAAUUACGCGAAGAAUCGUAAUUUUUUUUGAAAAAAUCUAUCGAGUGGUUUAAAAAUUGUUCACUAAUUUGUUAAAGUAGACCAGAAUGUUUACAAAACCGCUAACAAGAGCGCCUUGAUACAUACUAAAUACUCAAAUCCUUUUUUGGUCAGAGCUAUUUCCAUGAUCUUUGGCCUAUGUUUGUAAAAAGAUUGAAACUACUAUGAGGUGAAAUUGCAUGUCAAAAGUGCUUCGUUUUCUACAGAUAACAGCCAAACAUCAAGAUUUUCCUUUUUUACCGUAUUUCUAACGAUAAAAACUUUAUCCCAAAAUAUCUCCGCAACACUCUUACAGAUUCCAUUUUAACUUCACGAACAUCGAGGCGACCAUUGGAGGAAAAUGCUCCCGUGAACGAUUUUGGAAGAGCAGUUUCCAUUAAUGUUCCUGCAAGUAUAAUAGCUAAUGGCGUCAUUUGGUUGCUAUGACAACUCUGAUUUUAUUGCAACCCGGAUCAUAACAUAUUUAUUUUCAUCUUUAUCUAAAUAAAUACAACUGUGGUGGCAAUUUUUCCAAAUGUUUGUUUAUGGUGUCAUAGUCUAUGCUCAAAAAAAACUUCACAGGUAUUGACCCUGAAAAACUGUAUCGAGCCACUUUCAUAUACUUUCAUAUGCUAGUACGGCCUAUGUUGUUGCAUCGCAUGGCCCUCGUUUCUGUUCGACUGUUUUGUAAAAAUUUGGGCAACUUGCAAGAGUUUUUUGGGAAAAUGGUUUACCGCCCCCCCUGGCAAAAAAUUGCCCGUACGCCUAUGGAAAUGUAUGGAGAUCAGUGUGGAGAAUUCAUUUGUGGAUAUUGGGGCUUUUAAGGGUUGAGUAUGAAUAAACAAGGAACUGUUUUCAGAAAUAAACAUGUACAGUGUUACUGUUAUAAGUAUGUUUAACCAAUUUGCAGUGCAUUAUAACUAUUGUCAAUUUUAGAACUAACUCAAAGAACUGUAAAAUGCAGCAAAUAUAAUAAUAUUUCUGCUUGUGAGUCACAACUGAUUUCUUAUCAGCUGAUUUUGAAAUUUGUGCUCCGUGCCAAUGAUGAGGCCCUCUUAGCUAUAGGGGGUUACAUAUGUCUCUAGUCUGAACUUCAAAACCUCUCGUUUAGCGUAUUGAGGAUGAAGCGAUGUUGCUGUCGGUAUUUUCCUAUUGUAUUUGCACUUUUCUCUGUAACUGUGCUUCUGCGUGACAUCGCAUUUGGUUGGUGGUGGGAAAACUCUUAAGUGGGUCAAAAACAUUACUGAUUUUUUGAGAUUUUGUUAUCUAAAUAUUCCUUGUGUCAAAAUAAACAUUACUUUAAUCUUCAUGAGUUCAUCAAGCAAUGGAUUCCCACAUUUGUAGGAAAACCUCAAAAACAGAUGUUUCUGUUGGUUUGCAGUGGCCAUAUUUGUGCCCCUCAAAGAGACACCAACAUGGGGCCUCCAUACAAAACUUUAUAACUAUGGGUAAAACGUUUUUCUGAAUAUGUUGCAUAUGAAAUGUCGCACAGACCUGAAUCUUAGCAACGCUAUUUGUAUCUUUAUCUUUAUUCUAGACUUUCUGUACUGAAUGGUUUGCAUUUUUAUCUUUGAUGGCGUGACAGUGAAAACAGAGAAUAGUUUUGGCAACACCUAGAUGGCACUUAUAAUGACAAGAAUUGUCCAAAAUCGCAAAAAUUAAUGUAGUUCACACUUUUAUUUUUGUCUUAGAUGGAGAAUUUGAACCAGUAGUCAUUGCCGACCUGUCCACCCCACCAGAAUUGCCAGAUGUGAUGAAGCCCCAGGAAAGUGUGUCCAACAGUGACGGCUCGUAG